UGACAGGAGGGAGUGGGACAUUUGGUGUGUGCUGGAUUGGGGGGGGGGCAGGCCCAAAAAAGCCACCAGUGUUUUCCGCACAUGUUUCCUGGAGGUCUCAACUGUGGUCGGGGCUCCUGAGGGCUGUUCUUCACAUUAGAACUUGCGCACGUCUGGACUUCAACCAUGGGCAGAGGGUUUGGAGGCGACAAAGCAGCGAAGAAGAGGAAGAAGGAGAGGGAUUUGGAGGAGCUGAAGAAGGAGGUGUCCUUGGAUGACCACAAAAUAUCUCCAGAUGAUCUCGGAAAGCGCUACGGAAUGGACAUCACACGGGGCCUGACCAGUGCCAGAGCUUUGGAGAUUCUGGCCAGGGACGGUCCGAAUGCCCUGACUCCUCCCCCCACCACCCCGGAGUGGGUCAAGUUCUGCCGUCAGCUGUUCGGGGGCUUCUCCAUCCUGCUCUGGAUCGGCGCCAUCCUCUGCUUCCUGGCCUACAGCAUCCAGGCGGCAACCGAGGACGAGCCGGCCAACGACAACCUGUACCUGGGUGUGGUGCUGGCUGCCGUGGUGAUCAUCACCGGCUGUUUCUCCUACUUCCAAGAGGCCAAGAGCUCUCGGAUCAUGGACUCCUUCAAAAAAAUGGUCCCUCAGCAAGCGCUGGUGAUCCGGGAGGGGGAGAAGAUGCAGAUCAAUGCAGAGCAGGUGGUGCAAGGGGAUCUGGUGGAAAUCAAAGGGGGGGACCGCAUCCCGGCCGACCUUCGGAUCGUCUCCUCCAGUGGAUGCAAGGUCGACAACUCCUCUCUGACGGGAGAAUCCGAGCCCCAAACUCGUUCCCCGGAGUUCACCCACGAGAAUCCUCUGGAGACCCGCAACAUCUGUUUCUUCUCCACCAACUGUGUCGAGGGCACGGCCCAAGGCAUCGUCAUAGCAACGGGCGAUCGGACGGUGAUGGGCCGCAUCGCCACCCUGGCCUCCGAGCUGGAGGUGCGCCGCACGCCCAUCAACAUCGAGAUCGAGCACUUCAUCCACCUCAUCACCGGCGUGGCGGUUUUCCUGGGCGUCAGCUUCUUCGUCCUGUCGCUCAUCCUGGGCUACAGCUGGCUGGAGGCCGUCAUCUUCCUCAUCGGCAUCAUCGUGGCCAACGUGCCCGAGGGCCUCCUGGCCACCGUCACUGUGUGUCUGACUCUCACUGCCAAGCGAAUGGCCAAGAAGAACUGCCUGGUGAAGAACCUGGAGGCCGUGGAGACCCUGGGCUCCACCUCCACCAUCUGCUCGGACAAGACGGGCACGCUGACCCAGAACCGCAUGACCGUGGCUCACAUGUGGUUCGACGACCAGAUCCACGAGGUGGACACCACGGAGGACCAGACCGGUUUCGGUUUCGACAUGAGCUCCAGUACCUGGACUGCUCUCUCCCGCGUGGCGGGCCUGUGCAACAGGGCGGACUUCAGAGCCGGACAGGAGCACCUCCCCAUCCCGAUGAGGGAGACGGCGGGGGACGCCUCGGAGUCGGCCCUGUUCAAAUGCAUCGAGCAGUGCUGCGGCAGUGUUCGAGAAAUGAGAGCCAGAAACCCCAAAGUGGCCGAGAUCCCCUUCAACUCCACCAACAAGUACCAGCUUUCCAUCCAUGAAGUGGAGGACAAUCCCUCUGGGCACAUUCUUGUCAUGAAGGGAGCGCCAGAGAGGAUCCUGGACAGGUGCAGCACCAUAAUGGUCCAGGGCCAGGAGCUCCCGCUCGAUGAGAACUGGAGAGAGGCUUUCCAGAAUGCCUACAUGGAGCUGGGCGGACUCGGGGAGAGAGUGCUCGGAUUCUGCCACCUGAAUCUGCCUUCAUCCCAGUUUCCUCGAGGAUUUACCUUCGACUGCGAUGGCACCAACUUUCCCACCGAGCAGCUCUGCUUCCUGGGCCUCAUCUCGAUGAUUGAUCCCCCACGUGCCGCUGUGCCUGACGCUGUGGGUAAAUGCCGCUCCGCUGGCAUCAAGGUGAUCAUGGUAACCGGGGACCACCCAAUCACGGCCAAGGCCAUAGCCAAAGGUGUGGGCAUCAUCUCCGAGGGCAACGAGACGGUUGAGGACAUCGCUGAGAGACUGAACAUCCCUCUGAGCCAAGUCAACCCCAGGGAUGCCAAGGCCUGUGUGGUGCACGGCUCAGACCUGAAGGACAUGAGCUCCGAGUAUCUGGACGACCUGCUGAGGAACCACACCGAGAUUGUUUUCGCUCGCACCUCCCCCCAGCAGAAGCUCAUCAUCGUGGAGGGCUGCCAGAGACAGGGGGCCAUCGUGGCGGUGACGGGCGACGGAGUGAACGACUCCCCCGCUCUGAAGAAGGCCGACAUCGGCGUUGCCAUGGGGAUCGCCGGCUCCGAUGUGUCCAAGCAGGCGGCUGACAUGAUCCUGCUGGACGACAACUUUGCCUCCAUCGUCACCGGGGGGGAGGGGGGGGAGUCUCCCACUCGUAAAGUGUUGACUUACGGUCGUCUCAUCUUUGAUAAUUUGAAGAAGUCCAUUGCCUACACGCUAACCAGCAACAUCCCAGAGAUUUCCCCCUUCCUCCUCUUCAUCAUAGCCAGUGUUCCUCUUCCUCUGGGGACGGUCACCAUCCUCUGCAUCGACCUGGGCACCGACAUGGUUCCAGCCAUCUCUUUGGCUUAUGAGACGGCGGAGAGCGACAUCAUGAAACGUCAGCCGAGAAACGCCAAAACAGACAAGCUGGUCAACGAGCGCCUCAUCAGCAUGGCGUACGGGCAGAUAGGUAUGAUCCAGGCUCUGGCAGGUUUCUUCACCUACUUUGUGAUUUUGGCUGAGAACGGCUUCCUCCCCGCCCACCUGGUGGGAAUCCGCGUCAGCUGGGAUGACCGGGACUUCAGCGACCUGGAGGACAGCUAUGGGCAGCAGUGGACCUACGAGCAGCGGAAGAUUGUGGAGUUCACCUGCCACACGGCCUUCUUCAGCAGCAUCGUGGUCGUCCAGUGGGCUGACCUCAUCAUCUGCAAAACCCGGAGGAACUCUCUCUUUCAACAGGGCAUGUCGAACCGGAUCCUCAUCUUUGGCCUGUUUGUCGAGACGGCUCUGGCCGCCUUCCUCUCCUACUGCCCUGGAAUGGAUGUGGCCUUGCGCAUGUACCCACUGAAGAUCGGGUGGUGGUUCUGUGCCUUCCCAUACAGUCUCCUAAUCUUCGUUUAUGAUGAAGUCCGUAAAUUGAUUUUGCGGAGGUGCCCAGGAGGUUGGGUGGAGCUGGAGACGUAUUAUUAA